CGGGCGGGCCCGGCGCCGCAGCCAACCCCACUUCCAGCUGUCCCGGCCGCGCGGCCUGACGGCUUCUCUGCGACCUCCGAGCUCCGGGUCCCCGAGGCCAGGAUGCGUCCCGCACUGGCGGUACCGCCGCUGUGGCUGCUGCUCGCGCUCGGCCCAGGUUUUUUAGACUGCUGUUUGGCAUACAAUGUUGGUCUCUCAGGAGCAAAAAUAUUUUCCGGUCCUUCAAGUGAACAGUUUGGCUAUGCAGUGCAGCAGUUCAUAAAUCCAGAAGGAAACUGGAUACUGGUUGGCUCGCCUUGGAGUGGCUUUCCGGAGAACAGAAUGGGGGAUGUGUACAAGUGCCCGGUUGACCUGUCCACCACUACAUGUGAGAAACUAAACCUGCAGACUUCAACCAGCAUCCAGAAUGUGACUGAGGUGAAGACCAACAUGAGCCUCGGCCUGACCCUCACUAGGAACUCGGGGACAGGAGGGUUUCUGGCGUGCGGCCCUCUGUGGGCGCAGCAGUGCGGCAGUCAGUAUUACACAACCGGAGUCUGCUGUGACGUCAGUCCCAAGUUUCAGCACUUGGCCAGCUUUGUACCUGCCCUUCAGAGCUGCCCAUCCUACGUAGAUGUUGUGGUUGUGUGUGAUGAAUCAAACAGCAUUUACCCCUGGGAUGCAGUCAAGAACUUUUUGGAAAAAUUUGUACAAGGUCUGGAUAUAGGCCCCCAGAAGACACAGGUUGCCUUGAUCCAAUAUGGCAAUGAACCAAGAGUUGUAUAUAACCUGAAUACUUUUAAAACCAAAGAGGAAAUGAUUCGAGCAACGUCUCAGACGUUCCAAUCUGGUGGGGACCUCACAAAUACUUUCAAAGCAAUUCAAUAUGCAAGGACUUUUGCUUAUUCGGCAGCUUCUGGAGGCCGGCCGGGUGCUACCAAAGUGAUGGUGGUUGUGACCGACGGGGAGUCACACGAUGGCUCCAAGCUGCAGUCUGUGAUUGAGCAGUGCAACAGCGACAACAUCCUGAGGUUUGGCAUAGCAGUUCUUGGGUACUUAAACCGAAAUGCCCUUGAUACUAAAAAUUUAAUAAAAGAAAUCAAAGCAAUUGCUAGUCUUCCCACAGACAGAUUCUUUUUCAACGUAGCUGAUGAAGUGGCUCUCCUAGAAAAGGCGGGAACAUUAGGAGAACGCAUUUUCAGCAUUGAAGGUACUGUUCAAGGAGGAGAACACAUCCAGCUGGAAAUGUCCCAAGUAGGAUUCAGCGCGGAUUACUCUCCUCACAAUGACAUUCUGAUGUUGGGUGCAGUGGGAGCUUUCGACUGGAGCGGGACAGUAGUUCAGGUGACGUCCCACGGAUACUCCAUCUUUCCUAAAGCAGCCUUUGACCAAGUUCUGCAAGACAGAAAUCACAGCUCAUACUUAGGUUACUCUGUGGCUGCGAUUUCUACUGAGAAAAGUGUUCACUUUGUUGCUGGUGCUCCUCGGGCAAAUUACACCGGCCAGAUAAUUCUGUACAGCCUCGAUGAGCGUGGCAACGUCAUGGUCAUUCAAACUCACAGAGGGGAUCAGAUUGGCUCCUAUUUUGGUAGCGUGCUGUGUUCGGUGGAUGUGGAUAGAGACACCAUUACGGAUGUCCUCCUGGUGGGCGCGCCCACGUACAUGAACGACCUCAAGAAAGAGGAGGGGAGAGUGUACCUGUUCACGAUUGCAAAGGGCAUUUUGAAUCAGCACCAAUUUCUCGAAGGCCCUAAGGGGACUGAAAACUCACGCUUUGGCUCUGCAAUCGCAGUUCUUUCGGACAUCAACAUGGAUGGCUAUAAUGAUGUGAUCGUGGGCUCGCCUUUGGAGAAUCACAAUUCCGGAGCUGUGUACAUUUACAACGGGGAUCAGGGCACCAUCCGCACCAAGUACUCCCAGAAAAUCUUGGGCUCCGAUAGAGCCUUCAGGAGUCAGCUCCAGUUCUUCGGGCGAUCCUUAGAUGGCUAUGGAGAUUUAAAUGGGGAUUCCAUCACCGAUGUGUCCAUUGGUGCCUUCGGACAAGUGGUUCAGCUCUGGUCACAGAGUAUUGCUGAUGUGUCUGUGGAAGCUUCCUUCAGUCCAGACAAAAUCAUUUUGCUCAACAAGAAUUCUCAGAUAGCCCUGCAACUCUGCUUCAGGGCGAAGUUCAGACCUACGCGGCAGAACAGCCAAGUGGCCAUUACAUACAACGUCACACUCGAUGCGGACGCACGUUCAUCCAGGGUGACCUCCAGGGGAUUGUUUCAAGAAAAUAAUGAACGAUACCUGCAGAAGAACAUGGUGGUAAAUACAGGAAGCAGGUGUGCUCAGUACACAGUUCAAAUACAGAAACCCUCUGACGUUGUCAACUCUUUGGAGCUGCGUGUGGACAUCAGUCUGGAAAAGCCUGGCACUAGUCCUGCACUGGAAGCCUAUUCCGACACCGUCAAGGUCUUCAGCAUCCCUUUCUACAAAGACUGCGGCGGUGACGGAAUCUGCCUCUCAGACCUGGUGCUGGGCGUCGAGCAGCUGCCAGUUACCCAAAAAGAGUCCUUUAUUGUCAGCAACCAGAAGAAAAGGUUAACAUUUUCCAUAACACUGAAAAACAAAGGGGAAAGCGCCUAUAACACUGCAAUUGUUGCGAAUUUUUCACAAAACUUAUUCUUUGCUUCCUUCUCCAUGCCGGUGGAUGGAACAGAAGUAACGUGCCAGGUUGAUUCCACGCAGAAUUCCGUUGCCUGUGACGUGGGCUAUCCUGCUUUGAAGAGUGAACAACAGGUGACGUUCACUAUUAACUUUGACUUCAAUCUUCAAAACCUUCAGAAUCAGGCGUCUUUCAGCUUCCAAGCUUUCAGUGAAAGUGAGGAAGUAAACAAGGCAGACAAUUCAGUGAGCCUCCAAAUCCCUCUCCUGUAUGAUGCUGAAAUUCACCUGACCAGAUCCACCAACAUAAACUUCUAUGAAGUUUCCUCUGAUGAGAAUCUGCUUUCUGUCGUGCACAAUUUUGAAGAUAUUGGCCCAAAAUUCAUCUUCUCUCUUAAGGUGACCACAGGACUUGUUCCAGUGAGCAUGGCAUCUGUGGACAUCCACAUCCCGCAGUACACCAAAGAGAAGAACCCGCUCCUGUACCUGACUGAUGUACACACGGACCAGGCUGGCGACAUCAGCUGUAAGGCAGCAAUAAACCCGCUGCGACUGGGCCUGACCGCUUCUGCUGUAUCUUUCAAGAGAGAAAACUUCCGGCACAUAAAAGAACUGGACUGUAGAACUGCUUCCUGUAGUGACAUCACCUGCUGGUUCAAAAACCUCGACAUUAAGGGAGAAUACUUCAUUAACGUGACUACCAGGAUUUGGAACCAGACUUUCGCUGCAUCCACAUUCCAGACAGUACAGCUGACGGCAACUGCGGAGAUCAAUACCUAUAACCCUCAAAUCUACGUGAUCGAAGAGAACGCUGUCACGAUUCCUCUUAUGAUAACGAAACCCAACGAGAGAGCUGAGGUUCCGACGGGAGUCGUAGUGGGAAGCGUAAUCGCUGGCAUUCUGCUGCUCUCAGCUCUGGUUUCCGUCUUAUGGAAGCUGGGCUUCUUCAAAAGAAAAUAUGAAAAGAUGAUGAAAAAUCCAGAUGACACGGAUGAAACCGCAGAACUCCAGAGCUGAGGUGCCCGGCGGGCAGAGCCCACUGCACCGCGGAGUGCCAGCACCGGGGUGCGCUGCUGCUGCCGGUGGAUCUUUGCUUUAAGCCCAAGCUUUUCACUACUAAGUAGACGAGCCCGACAUUUGAAGAGAAACAGCUGUCAGUUUGGAGUGAGAAAAUUGUGAGUGAAGAUUAGGGGUAAAAAUGGCAAAAGACUUAUUUUUUACAGAGAAGAAAAAAUAACCCUUGAACUGGCUGGUCCAGAGUUUACAUUGUGUUGGAAACAAAAUAUUUCCUGGUAUGCCAGUCUUAAAAUUGUAAAACUUUCUGAGAUCUUGGGGGUGGGAAAUACUUCCUUUAAAAUGAUUGAUUUAAACAGCAACCCCCCAAAAAUAUAUAUAUAUAUUAUACAUAUUAAUAUAUAACAUAUAAUUAUGAAUGGCAGUUUUAUAAUAUAAACUGUGUAUUAU